UGAUUACGCAAUAAUAAUAACUCCCUCAGUGUUUUGUUGUAGCUGACUCCACGGUCUUAGAAACGAUUUUUAUGGUUUCAAGAAAAGCAUUCCAGAUCAUUAUGAAACAUUAUGUGGUAUAAGAACAACAGGAGCUUUGCUUUAUUUUGCAGCGUAUGAUCAUUGAAGGCCCUACACAUUUAUUAUUUUGAGCAUAUCAGUUCAGCCAGUCGGACCCAUUCUUUGCUUCACUUCUACCGGGGCGUGUCGGGCGGAACGCGAUGGCGUGUGUGCUGGUCAGCAAGGAGACGGAGAAGGCCCAAAAUGAGAUUGCUAUUCGCGAACCAUCGUCCCCAUCAAACACUGCUCCAGAUGAGCAAGAUGGAGGAAAAAAGCCAAACGACUUUUUAUUACAGACUUUAGAUGCUUUGGAACUCCGUGUUGAGAAAAUGAGAGAGACGGCAAGAUCGAUUGAAGACGAAAAGAUUCGUUUGCUUAACUCCCUGAAUACGAUGAUGCAGAGCGAGGCCAUUGACCAUCUAUCAGGAGCCGAGCGUGAGGAGCUGGGUCUUUACAUCGAUCGUCUCAUCACCCGCUGCCUGACUGUCGACAUCAACAUCCAGACGAUCCGGACACCUGCCCAGGAGGAGUCCUUGCGGAAGGUCAAAGGUUAUCUGCGUGACCUGAUCGACACCAUGCAGGCCAACUUGGAGCAAUGCAGCCAGCGUGUGAAGCUCUACCUCAACAGUUGCCUGGGUGAGACCGAGCUGAUGGGGCCGGUCGACGACAGGUUCCAGGGCGCCCUCUUGGGCUGCGCUGCAGAGGAUCAGAAAAUGAUCCGGAAGAAAUUGCAGGAGAUCAAAGAAUCCCUGAGUGAGACGGACGCAUUUAUGGCCAGGCUGCAAGCACUAAAACUGGAUUUAUAAUGCAAUGCUAUGCAAAAUGUUUUCUUCUUUAUAAUUCAAUUUUUUAUUUUGGUUAUUGUUUCUGUAAGGCAAAGCCAUGCAGUUUCUCCCAUACAACAUUUAUUCAUAGAUUUCAUCCAAAAAUCACUAUCAUGACCACUAUUCAAUGUAACACAAAGACAUUUUCAUUCUGGUUUGAAAUAAAUGAGAAAGUGGUAAAAGCAGUAAAUAAAAGUCAUACAGGAUGAAUUGCACCAAAGAGCCCUUAAGGUACUUCGGCGAGUGCAAGCUAUAUUGGCUCAUAUAUUACCAACCACAUUUAACAUUUCAGUACAUUGAUGACUGUAUCAAGCUGAAAGCCCAAAUAGAGAUUGAAUCAGACGAAACAUGAAUUUAUGUCAAUUUACAUUCAAAAUUUGUUAGUGUAUUUUCUGAUGUUUCUUGUUUUUUGCAAGCAUAAUUACUAUAAAGUCAGAAUAUACUUGUGAGUUUUUGAAACAGUACUUAAAUGUUUGUUAUUU